AGGUUAGCCACCCCUAUCACACACAGUUAAGUCAAAUCAAACGUCAAGUUCCAGUUUAAAAAAAAAAAGAUUUUUGCUUUGUAGUUGCGACAUUAAUGUUGUUUUCAAUUAAAGAUAUUAAAUAUUAUUGUUCAAUCUAUAGAAUUACAAUGCUAUGCCGCAAUGGCUUAUCUAGAUUGCAGUUUAUAUUACCACGGAGUGGCCCGGUUCAUAGUGUACACCAGAAGAGAUUGUUGGGAAAAGUUGUUCUGGAACCUCUUGAAUCGCGAUCUAUACUGGCUGUACAAGGAAGCGAUGCUGUACCGUUCUUGCAAGGAUUAAUUACCAACGACAUGAAUCACGUCCAACGCGGGUCCACGUCUAUCUACACAAUGUUCCUUAACACUUCUGGUCGAGUUCUGUAUGAUUCUCUAAUAUAUCGCAUUGAUAAGGAUGUGGGACAAAACUAUUUCGUGGAAUGCGAUACGAGCGUCGUGAAACUGCUUGCAAAACAUUUGAACCUAUUCCGAGUAAGGAAAAAGGUAGAAAUAACAAAACCCGAUAUGAAAGUGUGGGUGGCAUUUACUGCUCAAGACAACACAGAGGGACAAAAUGAAACGAUUGCUUUGAAAGAAUCAAGUAACAGUAAUACAUUGAUUUACAAGGACGCACGUCUUCAAGAACUCGGCUACCGUUUAUUAGCUGACAGCAGCAUAGAUUUUAAAGAGCUGAAAACACUUUUCUGCAAUGAAACAAGCUUACCAAAUAUCAAGUCUUAUGUAGAGCACAGGUACGUUUUGGGAAUUGGAGAAGGUGUCUGCAAUCUACCCCCUGGAAAAUGCUUUCCUUUGGAAGCCAACUGUGAUUACUUACAUGGCGUGAGCUUCCAUAAAGGAUGUUACAUUGGUCAAGAACUCACUGCUCGAACAUAUCACACGGGAGUUGUCCGAAAACGCUUAAUGCCUUUGGUUUUCGACCACCCAGUUGAUUGUGGAGUUAUUCCUGAUGAUGCCGAGAUUAAAAAUAAAGAAGGUCAACUCGUGGGCAAAUUGCGGGGCUAUAACAAAGCCUUUGGUUUAGGUUUACUACGCGUUGAAAAAAUUUCUUCCAAUCAACUGUUAAUUGUAGGCGAUAAGUAUCACUGUAAAACAUAUAAACCGAAUUGGUGGCCAAAGGAACUGUCGAAGAAAAAAUAAAUAAAGUAUAUAAUUCUAAUGCAUGUGGGCCAUUCUAAUUCCAAAUGACUACUAAAAUAAUUAAAACAAAAACGUUCAAAAUUAUUUUGACCUGCUAAU